AUGAGGAGGCUCUCUAUGUAUAUCGAGGGAUCCCACGGUAGAAGCACGGCCCAACUCAAAAUCAAAGAACGAAGACCGAAAAACCGUCCGCGAUCUCAGGGAAUUGGAAGAGAGACCCGAGUGAAGAGCGUGCGAUCUCAUGGUGAGACUGCCACGACUACUGCGAGAGUAGAGGGUGCGCAGAGUAGGGAACGACGCCCGGACUCGAGGCAGUGUGUCUCUGCAUUCGAGGCCGAUCGCGACUAG